GCUUCUCAAACGUUCUCGUUGCCGUCCUCGCUCUUCUAUUAAACGGACGGUCACCGGAGAAUCGCGUUUUAAUACCGUAAUCAGCGAGUCGAAACCCUAUGUCAUGGCGGAGCUAGCCGCCGCCGAUUCUUUCUCACCGCCAAUCGACCUUUGUUCUGACCCUAACUUUCUCGAUCCCCAUCUCUUCCCCGACGACCUGUUCCUCCCCAGCGGCGGCCUUUCAUCUGAAAUUGACCUUGAUUUUGAUAUCGAUGGCAUCGAUUGGGAUAUAUCCAUGGACGAUCUUCUCCUCCCGGAGGACACUAACGCUCUAUCUCUUCCCUCUGAUACAUCGAAUGACAGAUCGCCGCCACAAUUCGGCGUUUUGACUUCGUCCCCCUCCCCUGCUACCUCUGGCAGCAUCAUCAACGUCAGUUCCCCUGAAUCUGGCCACUCCGCCAACUGUUCCACAGAAUCUGGCGCGGAUUUCAAGCAGGAGGACGAGAAGAACGGGAGGGUGACGAAGAUGAUGAAGAAGCGGGAGGAGGAAUGCGUUAAGUCUAACAUCAACCCUAGAAGCAGCAAGUUCCGGCGGUCUGAGGAUUUUAGUUCUUGUGUUUUCAACGCUGCGAGCAAGGAAGAUGAGAUGAAGAAGGCGAGAUUAAUGAGGAACCGGGAGAGCGCUCAGCUUUCUAGGCAGCGGAAGAAGGAGUAUGUGGAGGAGCUGGAGGAGAAGGUCCGAUCCAUGAACUCUACGAUUGCUGAAUUAAACAGCAAGAUCUCGUUUGUUAUGGCGGAGAAUGCUAGUCUAAAGCAACAGUUGGGUGUUAGUGGUAGUAGUGGCUUUUCGCCGGGCGUUUGCCCGCCACCUUCUGUUGUCCCCAUGAAUUUCCCUUGGGUUCCUUAUCCUGCGUUUGCGUUUAGGCAGCAGGUUUCUCCGGUUCCAUUGGUUCCUAUACCCAAAUUAAAGUCGCAGCAAGCUGCAGCCUCCCAAACGGCUAAGAAAACUGAGAAGAAGCGUGAAAGCAAAAUAAGGAAGGUGGCAAGCAUCACAUUUUUAGGAUUUUUCUUUUUUGCUUUGAUAGUUGGAGGUCUGAUAGGUAGAGUUGAUCAUAGAAGGGAAGAAAGCAGAAAUUCUGGAGCAGCUCCAAUUAAAAAUGGUUUGUUGGGUAGUCCUAAUGGUAUGGUUUUGAGUGUUAGUGGCCGUACAAGGAGCUUGACUGGUUCUGAACAAUUCGGCUUCAAUGAUGGACAGUCUAGUAAAGUAGGAGUUGAUACGAGUUUUCAGAAUGGAAAGGUGGGACCAGAAGACAAAUCAUGGCCUUCCAAUAGCCUAAUGAUUACCCAGAAUUCUAGUGAGAGUCUCCCUGCUUUGCUGUAUGUCCCUAGAAAUGGAAAGCAUGUGGAGAUCAAUGGGAAUUUGAUAAUCAAUUCUGUUCUUGCUACUGAGAAAGGUGUGGCAGAGGUAAAGUCCAGAGAUCAGCGUAAGAAGCCUUCUGGGAAUGAAGGUAUUGAGACAAGCCUGGUAAUUGCCAAUUUGGAUUCUAGAAUGGCUUUAUCAACUAGGGAUAUUAGUGGACGUACCAAGUCUUAUGGUAGCUCAGCUGAACACCAACGAUCACUUUCUUCUGAUUCUGAAGAUGCAGUUAUAGACACCUCACAGGAUGGAUUUCUUCAACAAUGGUUUCGGGAAGGAAUGGCAGGUCCAAUAUUCAGUUCUUCCACAUGCACUGAAGUAUUCCAGUUUCAAAUUUCCCCAUCAUCUUCUAGUUCGAGUGCGGUCAUUACUUCUUCAAUGGUUAAUACAACAGAUACUGCAAUUGCCAAUUCAAAUAUCAGCAACACUUCAUCAUCUCCACGGCAAUCAGUGAUAAAGAACCGAAGGGUUCUGUAUCCUCAAGCUAUUCCACUUCCUGGAUCUACACUCAACCAUACGGAACACAUAGGGAAAAGGCCUGAAGGCAGUAGCUUUCAGAGAAAUGCCACUGGGCCUCCCAUGGUUGUUUCUGUCUUGAUUGAUCCUAAAGAAGCCAGUGACGGUGAUGUGGAUGGGAUGAAAUCACACAACAAAUCACUUCAACGUAUAUUUGUAGUGAUUCUUCUUGAUAGCGUCAAGUACGUUACUUAUUCUUGUGUGCUUCCAUUCAAUAGCCGUAGUCCUCAUCUUGUAAACUAAUUGUUAGGAUUCAGAGGUUAUAGCGAAACUGACUUUAUUUUUAAUCAAUUUCACAUGUUGAUGUAUGUUUAUUCUAUUCUGUAAAUACAUGUGAGUUUGUUCAUGCAUUUUUUGAAAAAAACCUAAUUUUAUAUA